AUGUCUUUACAACCCAAACUUGUGGUGGUGGAUGAUAAUGAUUCAUCCGAAUUGGAUCCAGCCUCAUCGUCACCUCCAGAACAACAACAACCUGUGCACGAAGAAAAGUUCCACAAAGUAUUACCACAUAAAUCUCUAAAUAAAUCAUUAACCAAUCGAAUGCAAAUUCAGAGAUUUGAUUCUUUGGAUGUGAUUGAUCGUUUCUCAAAUAUUAGAAUUAGUCCACGAAUGUUAUUGGAGAAGAAGGAGAGAUCAAAUGUUGAGAAAUCAAUUUUAGAGUUGCAAGAAAAAUCACGUUUUGGUAAAUUAGAGUUGGCCAAUCUCUUCUCCAAAUAUUCCACACAAAUUGAAAAUUCGGGACAAGAAAAUGGAAGAAUGACUCGAGAAUUGUUCAGUGAGGCUCUCUCUGAAUUGUUGAACAUUGAUUUUUCUGAAAAGCCAGAAAUUCUUGAAAGAUAUUACAAAAUUUUUGAUAGUGACAAGAGUGAAACUAUUGAUUUUAGAGAAUUUGUGACAGGUCUUUCUGUAUUGCUAAAAGGUUCAUUUGAGGAAAAAGUCGAUUUUAUUUUCUCUGUCUAUGAUGAAGAUGGAAAUGGAUUCAUUGAGCGACAUGAAAUGAUUCAUUUACUGUCCUGUCUUUUUAACAAGAGUCUUUUAUUAUUAGGGGAUGUUCGCACCACCUUGAAUUUACCACAAAUUUCCAACACUGAAACUUCGCAAAUGAUUGAUCAAGCAGAUAUUGAAAAUAUUGUUGACAAGUGCUUUGGACAAGUCAAACAAAGCGGAGAUCAUUCGUGUAAAAUUUCUAAGGCUGAUUUUGGAAAGUGGUUGUACAAUCAACCUUCAUGUAUGCAAUGGUUGAGUCCUGGAAUUUCCAAAUAUUACAACAAUGAUCCAGAAACUGGUUUCGAAAUUGUGAAUGAUUAUCCAAUUCCAUCCUUGGGAGAGUACUCAGUGUUGGUGAGAAAUCAGUAUGUCUCUGUUAAUCCAGUGGACUACAAGAUCAGAAAAGGUUCCCAAAGUGAAGACAACCCUUAUGUUCUUGGAGUAGAUGACAUUGGUUCCAAAGUCACUAAAUUCAAAAUUGGUGACGAAGUGAGUGGACCAACCUUUUCAAGUGGCACUUAUCAACAAUUUGUGGCCUUUCAUGAAAAUGAGCUAGCUCACAAACCAAGAGCAUUGGACCAUCAAGUAGGAGCUGCUAACGGUGUGAUAUUUCUCACGACAUUCCAAUCAUUCCAAAAAUUCCACACUGCUAAAUCUGGAGAACAAGGAUCACUCAAGGGAAGAAAAGUGUUGAUUAUUGGUGGCUCUGGUGGUACUGGAGCUGCAGCAGUUUUGCUAUCAAAACAUUAUUUCAAAGCAGAGUUGGUGAUCUCGAUUGCUUCUCAAAAGAAUUCUUCGUUUGUGAAAUCAUUGGGUGCUGAUGAUGUUUUGGAUUAUUCAGAAGGAAAGGAACAAUUGGAGAAACGUUUGAAGGGCUUGAAUUCGCCAGGUUCUGUCUUUGUGACAAUAGCGGGAGCAUUGCCUUCACAAGGAAACUCUGUGUUUGGUACCAAUAAUUAUUCCUUUUUAGCCAUGUCAACGGAUGGAACUACUUAUGAACAGAUUUUGAAUUGGCUUGACAAGGAAGGUCUUGCUACUAAAAUUCCAAUUGCUCACGUGGUGACAUUGGAAAAUGUCUCUCAGGCUCACAAACUCAUUGAAACUCAGAGAACUGUUGGAAAAAUUGUCUUGAAAAUUCCUCAACCAUAA